AGUCAUCUCACAACGGUUAACAGCAUUGUUUUUGUUACUUUUGAUAGUCGAAAAUAAACUAUAACCACAAUGAGUGGACGAGGAAAAACCGGUGGAAAGGCUCGUGCCAAAGCCAAGAGUCGCUCUUCCAGGGCGGGACUGCAGUUCCCCGUCGGCCGUGUUCACAGGCUUCUCCGCAAAGGCAACUAUGCUCAGCGCGUUGGUGCCGGUGCUCCGGUUUAUUUGGCCGCUGUGCUCGAGUAUCUCACUGCUGAGAUCCUGGAGUUGGCUGGAAACGCCGCUCGCGACAACAAGAAGACCCGUAUCAUUCCUCGUCACCUGCAGCUGGCGGUGCGCAACGACGAGGAGUUGAACAAGCUUCUGGGUGGCGUGACCAUCGCUCAGGGUGGUGUGCUGCCCAACAUUCAGGCCGUGCUGCUGCCCAAGAAAACCGAGAAGACCGCGAAGACCAAGUAAACUGACAAGAGGUUCUCUUCAAACCAAAGGCUCUUUUAAGAGUCACCCAAUUUUUCCGUGAGAGACUGAUUUCUUUAAUCCAAUCACUAUUUAAGUUGAUAUCAACCCAAAAUACAAUUAAAUACGUCGUUGUACUUUUUUCGUUACGCAUAAAGGCUUUAUUAACGUCAUUAGAUUUGCAAGUUCCAAGUAUAUGGGUCAUUCCUGGGAUUUUUUUUAUUUUUAUUUUUUUAAAAUAAAAUACAUAGGUUCUUUAGAAAAUUUAUUAUAGACUAACAUCCUUAGACACAACCUCCAAAAAAUAUUUUCCCACCUCAGGCAUUAAAGACCUUUUUAUUAAUAAUAAUAAAAUCAGAUGGAAAUGCCUUUAUUCUCAACCCUGUAGGGACAAAAAGGAAUUGGUUUUAAAAAGGUUUUACACAAAACUUGUUAUAGAACAAACAUCUACUUACUGCUCAUAAGUGUCCCUCAUAACAGUUUAGUAACUACAAAUGUAUCAUGACGAUUUUUACAUUUUCCCCCCAAAAGAAUAGAUGAGAAUGUUACAGGGUUGAAGAUUGUAACUGGUUUGAAGGGAGACAUUGCCUUCACUUUUAUAUUUUUAAUUUUGCCUCUUUCUCAUAUUGUGCUCUUCUUUCUGGUUCAACAUAUCUGCUCAUGUUGCUGUCAUUUCUGACAGGGUGCUAGUCAGUGUUUAAGUGGACACAUUACAUCAAAUAUUCUAUUUAUAACAAAAUUAUGAGUUGUCAUGAUAUGUAAGUAUAUUUUUACUGAAACCAUGACUAUUUUAUAUAUAUUUUAAUUAAAAUUAUCAAGAAGUGAAAAACUCAACCCUGCCAAACCCGAAACAAUUACAGAUGUGAAUUUAUUUUAAGCACAAAAUGGCCACUGCUCCUCAUGCAGUGUACAAGAGUAGACUGUAUAUGGCAGCAAUGAAAUACUUAUGGAUUAAAAUAAAAUUUUGAAAAAUUA